UAUCAAACUGAAGCUAGUAGUAGGGAAUCGCGAAACCCAGAUCUCACCCCGCCGAACCCGAAGGUCUGCUACUGCUACUUCUUCUUCUUCUUCUUCUUCAUCGAAGAGAAAGCAAGAUCCUCUUUCUGAAUCACGAAGAAAUGCCGUUCGGCAGUGUGAUAGAGGUGGAGCCUCCGAGUCCGUUGAGAUACAUCAUCGGAGCAGCAAUAAUGAUGGUCGGAGUGGUGUUUCCGGUCGGAUAUAUGAUGUUCCGUACCAAGCGUGUCCCUUCCUCUCCCUCUUACUCCAAACAGACGUAGGAACAAGUUUUGAUGCAGAGAUGUUGACAAGUUAAGAAUUUUAGAUGCAAUUCUGGGGUGUUCAAGCCUGGAGGAAGAAGAAAGGGAAGUCCUUGAGUAACCUGCUAUACAAAAUGUAAAUGCAUAAAACCUUUCAAUUCUGUUAUAUGGGUUGUUUGGAUGCUUAUUCAAAUUUACCAAAGAUGAUGACUUGCAUGUUGUUUCAUUCAGUUCAGUGGGUUUUGAUUGUUAAUUUAUUAUGUGUAGCCUUUCUCUG